ACAUCAUUUAUAUACCCCCUAUUCUCCCUCUUCUCCCCCCCCCCCUACUCCAAACCAGCAACACCUUUUCUCUCUCUUCAUAUCUCACCAAACCCAAAUUCUCAAAUCAUCUCAUCAAUCAACAACCUAAUUGAGCUGAGUGAUCAAUCAAUCAGUGACGCAUCCACGAUAUUUGAAAAUGCGGAUGAGUUGUAACGGAUGUCGAGUGCUACGUAAAGGAUGCAGCGACGAUUGUAGCAUAAGACCGUGCCUUCAGUGGAUCAAAUCCUCUGAGUCUCAAGCUAAUGCCACCGUCUUCCUUGCUAAGUUUUAUGGCCGUGCUGGUCUUAUGAAUCUCAUCAACGCUGGCCCUGACCACCUUCGUCCUGCAAUAUUCAGGUCUCUCUUGUACGAAGCAUGUGGAAGAAUGGUAAACCCGAUAUACGGCUCAGUAGGGUUACUUUGGUCAGGUCAAUGGCAGCUUUGUCAAAACGCCAUUGAAGCUGUUUUAAGAGGCGCGCCGAUCACGCCGAUCCCUACUGAAGCCGCCGCCAAUCCACCACCUAUCCAAGGCGCCUAUGAUAUCCGCCACGUCUCCAAAGAUGAUCACGCCAACUCCAACAGCUCGGCUGCGUUGCACCGAGUCAAGCCCACUCGGACGCGGUUCAAGCGGGUCGGCUCCAAGCCGAAGCCGGCUAAGGCAGAGGAAGGUGCUGCUGCUGCUGCUACCUCGGCUCUUCAGAUGAUGGCGGUCGCCGCGGCAGCUACUGAGUCAACUCGUCAUGACUCGGCCGAGUUGAACGGGUCCAGCACGAGCCACGACUCCACCGUGAGCCACCCUGAUGACCACACGAGCACGACUCACACGAGCUUAUUCUCGACCGAUGUGACGGUGGAGGAAAAAGAGAGUGGCGAUCAUGGAGAUGAUGGUGAGGUGGAGCUAGAGCUGACACUUGGUUUUGGGUUUGAUUCGGUCGUGAGACCCGAGUCACUGAGUCGUAAAGUUGGCCAAGAGCAUGAUCAAGUAGUAUGUGAGAUGGGAUUAGGACUUCUUUAAGUUUAGAUUAGAAGCUAAUUAAUGGAGAGUUUUUUUUUUUUUUUUUAAAUAUAUUUUUAAUUUUGGAAUCCUUUUUGGAAAUAUUUCCCCUUGUUGACAGUUUUGGUUUUUGGAUGUACAAACAAAGUUGACUACAUAUAAAACAAUACUUCCUCCUCCGUUCUCAA